AUGGACCGCGGAAAUAACGAAUCCUCUUCAGAUGCAGAGUCUACAAAUAAAAGUGUCAAUUUUUCCCACGUUAACACAGUUGCUACGGGAUGGAUGUUGGACUUCAUGUUUGUAGGUUUGUGUCGGCGUUUCAGAGACGGAAAACUGGAAGAAUUCAACGAGACACUGAAAAUCUUUGAGGCCAUUUCUCAGAGUAAAUCACUUAAAAGAAACUGUCACAAAGAAAAGAUUUUGCUGUGUGCCUUCCUGGCGAGAGUCAUGCAUGGAAAGCAGCUUGAUGUUGUGUUUGAAGAAGAUGAGUCUGUUAUGCCUCUCAUGUCUGCUGCCAAGAUAUGGUCCAAACUAAAGCAAACUGUGGCCGAUGAAACUCUAUUCAAAAAGAUCGCCGUGCUUCUGCUUGUCCAGUCAGUGGCAUUGUGUUUGGAAAAAGGUCAGAGAUCCUCAGCCUCCUCCACACUCCAGUGGUUCGAGAAGCACCAAGAGUUCCCACAAAAAAUAAGAGUUAAGCUGUCAGCUGUUGUGGCCCAGAUGGAAACGUACGACCCGUUCCUCACGAGCUACAGCUUCCAGCACCUGCAGGAGACAAUCCAAUCGUUUUUGGAUUCCUACUUGGAGGAGAAUCCCUCUGACUAUCUUCUCAAGGUGGCUACAAAGGUGGUCCAGUCCCAAGACACAGAGGAUUUAGAGGAAGUGACAUCACUGGACAGCUCUGUGCCAAAGACGCCCGAUAAAUCGCAACAGAAGAAAAGAAAAAUGAAGCGGAAAUUACUUUCUACUCAAAUGACUGACGUGUGGAGACCUGAUUCUGCCAAGAAGCCUCGUGUGUCUUUAACGCGACUGUCCAUAACUGAUCUUUCAAAGAUCCCCUCUGGGAAGUCUCCGGAAACCUCCCCUGUUCACAAGACAAGUAAACCAAAGACAAGUAUACCGAAAAAGAAAUGGACGUUCCAUCUGGACAAGUAUCUCAAGCAGGGUGUUAAAGUACACGGCCAGGGGAAGUGGGCUCGCAUCCUAAUGGACUAUGACUUUGAAGGGCGCACUGCAGUCAUGCUGAAAGACCGCUGGAGGGUGUUGGUGAGGACACACCAAGUCUCCUGA